AAUUCGGGUCGAUGUUCCAGUGAGCUGGGUGUCCUGAAUCGCGCCAGUAUUGCGGUGUCUAUCCUGUUCUUCUCCUCGGUGAGACCGAGGUGCUUAAGAUUUCCUAGGCUGCUCCUAAGUAACACCAUUUUAGAGUCACAGAGUAAGGUGGCCGGCUGGAUCCGCCGGUCCCUGGCCAAUUUCCCUGCAGCCGGUGGAGUAAUUGGGUCGGUGGACAAUCAAUCUAGCCGUGCCAAUGCGCCUAACGUUACACCGACUGGAUCUUCAAAGGUUCGACUUUACCUCAUAUGGUUUGCGCAUGAACAUAUCGAAUUUCGUCAUGCUGAACUUCAGUCACUUAUCGAAUUGUUCGGCGCGAAACUCGAAUUUGUAGGACGUCGAUUAGAGGGGCGCCGAUUGUGGCUGGUAAAUGAUGCCUGCUCCAACGAGGCCACGCAGAAUACGGUGGAACGCCCGUGGAUGGUUGUGAAGUGUGAAGAUGAACAACACCUCGUGAAUAUCUGCUCAAAAAGUAUCCUUAUACGGCAUGUUAGCGAGUUGAUGGCUGAAGGAGAUUCACUUCAAGACGUGGUUGACCAACUUCGUGAAAAACAAAUAGAACCUCACAAUGACACCUUCAAGUUUGAGGUUGAAGCUUUCGGGAAACGAAAAAUCCCGCGUUGCGAUAAAAUCGCCAAGAUGGAAUUGUUCGAUUUUUUGCCAUUCACCGGCGAUAUAGACCUACAGCAACCCAUCUGGACAUACCAUAUUAUUGAGUAUUAUGGUCAAGAGAACAACUGUGUUCCUAACCAACCUUUCAAGGUUUUCUUCGGUCGUCAGGUGGCCGAGGGCCAGCGGGAGUUGGUCACACGAUUGUCUCUUAAAAAUCGUGAGUUCAUAGCAAACACGUCGAUGGAUCCGACGCUAUCGGUCGUCAUGUCGAACUUGGCGCAGACUCGUUACGCGGACUUUGUUUACGAUCCGUUCGUUGGAUCUGCAAGUCUUCUUGUGGCGGCAGCCAUUCAUGAUGCUUAUGUGCUUGGAAUGGAUAUCGAUUUCAUGUUGCUUCACGGCCGCGCAAAGCCGACUCGCUAUAACGAGCAGCGACGAAAGGAAGGCGAAAGUGUUCGCGCUAAUCUUCGACAGUAUGGCCGCGCAGGUCGAUACGUGGACGUAAUUGUGGGCGACUCUUCCCGACCCGUGCUACGAACACUGCCAUUACUUGAUGCCAUUCUCACCGAUCCUCCAUACGGGAUUCGAGAAAGUACCGAACGGAUUGGAACCAAAGUGCCUGGUUACACCGUCCCCGGACAUCUAGCAAGUCAGCACAUACCUUCAAAAAUAAGCUAUAGUUUACCGGAUGUGAUAUCUGACCUGAUGCGUUUCGCUGCUUCAUCUCUAAAUUUGGGUCGGCGGCUUGUGUUCUGGAUGCCAGUGUACCGGCAAGAUUUCUUGAGGGUUUUACAGGAAGAACAGCAGCAACAACUGAAAAACGAGUCAAUUGAACCUAUUCGGAAUGAUCGGGGCGAUAUGGUUUCAAGGGAGCUUCCUUCAGCAGCGCUCCCAUUUCAUUCUUGUCUGCGGUUUGUGUCUGCUUCUGAACAAAGACUGACAAGUCACUCAUCAAGAAUACUGCUCACUUACGAAAAGAUAAAGGAGCCAAAGGAUGGUGAGCUCGAGGAAUCCUCCGGAACAGCCAUCCAUAAUAUCAAUUUUCGUGACAGGUAUUUUGCUCGACGGGAUGCUGAUCAAGACAUAGAGGUAUCAAUUGCAGCUCCACAAGACUUACGGAACAGAGAGUAGAUGAAGUGUCGUACCGCCCGAGUGGAAUAUCGCAACGGCGUAUUAUCAUGUGGUAUAUAUUUUCCUAAUCAAGAAUAUUUAAGCUGCUGGAUCACGCAAUAGGGUCCUCUGAAAGAUCACACUGGGCCAAAGAAUGUACAUUUCAAAGAGGCUGGCAGCAUAGACAGUGGCAAUGUUACUCAAGUGUUAAACGGAAGAAAAACCAGGAUUGUGGGAAAACAAUGACGAUAAACAUAUCCUGGUUGGCUGAUUUAUAAGAAAGCUUUCUGAGUGCGUUUGUACUCGAAAUCGCUAGAGUCACAAUUCAGUAAUAUUCACAGGCUGUUGACAGAUUGCCUUCGCCAUAUUCUACUAUCUUUUCAGCAGGUGCGUCUUGCAAUGCCCUUUUGUUCAGAAUUCAUCGUUGGGAUUGUAGCUGCAAUUACAUGCUACACUCUAUCCUGACUGCAAAAAUCUCGCCAGGAGCUGAUGGUCGCUGUCACUGGCACAAAAUAUAGGCGGGCAAAAGCAAUUGAGCCCUCCGUGAUUGAUAAACAGUGUAAUGGUCCGGCUGAAUUAAGUCCAGAACACCUGGGUACAAACACGAAUACAAAUAUACAAAGAGUCAUGGCAGUUAUGCAGAACAAACUAUACUUGCUUCCUGUCAGAUAAGAUAUUAUCUAUAUAUUGUGCGUUAGCUGUUACAAAAAGAAUAAAAAAAAACUGAUCAUUUUACAAUGAAUCUAUUCUGUCUAACACACAAA